AUGAAUGACUUAAAAUUAAAAUUGAACACUCAAAUAUUUAAUUCCAUAGUAACAGCAAUAAUCCUUAUUUGUAUAGUACGAUCAGCACCAAGGUCAUCAUCAACUGAUCGUUCACUUAUUCUACCAGAUUAUUAUAAUGAAGAUGAAAAUGAUUUAUUUGAUGCUGAGAUUAUUGAUAAAACAACAACUCAAGGUUCAACAAAAGAUCGUAAAAUGUUAUCAUCUCUAAUACCUUGGCUAGAACAACGUAUGUCAACAACUAGAACAACAACCAUGAUUGAUGAUGAAACUGAUGAUGAAUAUGAAGCUGAAGGUUAUCUUCAAAAUGCUCGUCAAUUUCUUAAAAAAAUUUGGGACAGUCUUUCAAAAUUAUUAAAAAAUAUCACUGUAUAUGAUAUUGUUAAAGCAAUACAACAAUACUUUAAAAGAAAAGCUGAGGAAUAA